AUGCGGCCUACACGCGCAGAAUCUCCUACACUGUCUAUUCUGGAACCUACGUUAACUGGACGGACUCCCCUCUUUCUUCAGCAUCAGUACCCCCAUCUCUUCGGCAAUUCAGCUAAACAAGCCCGCAAGCGAAGAUCCUCUAUGGCGCAUUCUACUAGCUCUCUUUGCUCGUCAUCAGCAGAAGAUGAACUGAUUGACAAGCCUACCCGACGGCGACAUGCGGCUACACCUCCCUCAGCGCGGGUGGCGGAUGCAUCCCUAGAGACAAGCCGCGCGAUUGUGGCGACCGUGAAGCGAUUGACUGAAUCCAGAUCAACCAAAGCGGGAGGUGUCCGCACGCAGGCGGCUUUGGCUGUAGUGGAGAAGAAGCUGAGCUUGCCCGAGCUCACCGAGCAAGUCGAGAGGUUGGUAGCCUCUGAAUCGGCCGACGCUAGGGACGAAAUCGCGUCUACGUUGGCAGGGAUGUUGGAAAAGGACAACGCCGAUUUCACCGCAGAGCUCAAAUCCUAUAAUAUCGACCUUUCAGUAAUCAUUAAGCAGGCUGUUGAAAAUGUCGAAAGCUCUCCGGCCUCUGCUUGGUAUCUGAAAAAGGCGCCUUCCGAGACAUCUGCCGAUACAGGCUCUCCUGACCGUUCGCGUCAGGCAUCGCAUAGUCAUCACCCCCGAUCGCUUUCGUCGUCUAGGAAGUCAGACUUUUUCAGUAGUAGCAAGAAUUUCGCGUCGUUUGCCAUCGACACCGGCGGACAGAUCAAAGAGCUCAAAGCAGAGCUCUCCCAGGCCCAGAAUCUGUUGGCCGCAAAGAAAGGUUUAGAGGAGUCGUGGCAGAGGGAGAGAGACUCGUGGGAGAGGGAGAGGGCAGGAUGGGCGAAACUUGAGCAGAGGUUGCAAGAAGUGGCAGAUGUGUUCAAACAGGAUAAGGCCGACUACAAGCGGGAGAAGGAGAAUCUUAUCGAGAAGUGGGAGAGCCGUCACGCCGAAGCCAAGGCCGAAUGGGAAAAGCAGGCGAAGAAGUGGGAGGACCGGUAUGAGAGUGAACUCCAAAAGCGGGAGGUACUUGAGGAAGAGUUGAAGGCCUUGAGGGAGCGGCUUCGUCCUAGCGCGUGA